AUGAAAACUACUCACAAAGAUCAGUCCAAAUAUUGCAGGUUCCACUAUGACUAUGGCCAUGACACGGAAGACUGCCACGACCUCUAUAAUCAAAUUGAGGAACUGAUCCGGAGAGGUCACCUCAGGCGCUAUCUUAAGAAACCCCGAGAAGCGACUCCACGCCCUAGGGGACCCAUCGAAAGACAGAUCGACAUCAACUUUGGAGGACCAGCAGCCGACGACAACAGCUCAGCGACGAGGAAGGCCUACGCUCGAAGCGCGGUCGAGAAACGUCUCUGGCCCGAGCUCGAGCCUGAAAUCACUUUCGGAGCCAAAGAAGUCGAGUGCUCCCAUCAUGAUAAUGCUUUGGUGAUCUCCAUUCGGAUCGCCAACACUCGGGUCAAAAGGGUGAUGGUCGACAUCAGGAGUUCCGCCGACGUCCUGUACCUCGAUGUCUUCAAGAAGCUCAGUUUGACCAAGGAGGACCCACCCCUAUGGCAUCGACACUCACUGGAUUCACGGGGGAUUCCAUCUCCUUGCUCAGGACCGCCAUCCCCCCUGUCACCAUCGAGGAAGAUCUGA